AUGGCGUCCGCUUCGUUUAGGGAUUCCAUGAGCUCGCUUGGCUGGAGUCGGAGAGAUGCCGGUUCGCCCGUGAACACCUCUUCGUCCACGCCCAUACUCGGCAAGCUUCAGUCCUUAAACCCAUUCGGUGCAGGUGGCUACGUUAGGCUGCCUACGCAUGAGAGUCCGGGAGCUCCGCUUCCUGCGCCUUCCAGGAGAGAGGAAGAGGAGGGCUGGUUUGCUCUUAGCCGCUGGGAUCGGCUACUCGUAUUUGGCGGUCUCAACCUCGCAGCCUUGGCGAUGUUCGCCACUUGCUUCGCUCUGAUGCCCACCGGCGUCUUCGUACUCAAGCCAAGGAAAUUCGCGAUAUUAUGGACAAUGGGCUCCGUGUUAUUCCUGGCUGCAUGGGCCGUGAUGAUGGGCCCAAUGCAGUACGUGCAGCAUCUGCUAUCCGGCCCACGGCUGCCGUUUACGGCUGCAUAUUUCGGCAGCAUAGCAUUGACUCUGUAUUUCUCUCUCGGUCUUCAAAGCACCAUCCUAACGCUUUUCUCGGCAAUCGUCCAAAUCGUCUGCCUCAUUUGGUAUCUCGUUAGCUACUUUCCGAUGGGCUCGACCGGUCUGCGCUUCGCAGCCAGGUUCGGCGGAAGCAGGGUGGCAGCGUGGAUGAACGACUGA